CUCUACGAACAUGCAUUCAAGGAGAUACGCCUGCUUAAAAGACGACUCGAGAGCCUCCUCGUCAGUCCGCCGGGCCAAGCAACGAGACCGACUUCGGCAAGCGCGAAUGCAACGGCGACAACUACCGCAAAGGUCUUCUCUGACCUGCUCGAUUUCCCUCCGGACAACGCAGCUGGUCCGUUGUUGAAUCUAGUGAUAUCGACUCAACUGCAAGCACUACGCAUAUUACAUGGCAUGAACAAGACGCCUCUGCUGACGGCGGUACUGCCUCUCCUACGACUGAAAAAUGCGACAUCACCGUUCCAGUAUAUCAGGCUGUCUCUGAAGAAGGGCACCGCAGAUCGUAACAAGGGCUCGAAACAGCUGGAAACUCUAUCGCAGACGAUUCUCUCCCUGACGUGCAGCUUGUCGAUGAAAGAUGACGGCAUAGCAAAUGAGCCGAAACUCAGCUCUCGGCCUGAGACCUGCUUGGAGGCCCAGUCCAUCGCAUUCGCUCUGAAGCUGCACGCAUGGGAGUGGGCCAAUGCCCGGGGUGAUGCUGAUAAGGAUAUUCUGCAGCCAUUCUCGAAAUGCUUACAGGCUUUCACCCGGCGGACGCAACUUGAGGCAGCUGCAACGUAUACCGUUGUGACUGGGGCAUGCUCACAAGUCUUCGACCAAUUACAAGCUUCUGGCUGCUCAGCGUCAAAUGCCGCGCCAAUCCCAAUCUACGAAAUGCUUGCGGCUGUGUCUCAAGAAGCCGGCAAGCUCAAAGAAGCACUGGAGUGGAUGACCAAGGUUCGGGACAACAGCGACACUGCCAAAGAUACACCUGCACGACAAUGCUCUGUAGCUGCACGAAUGCUGUCUCUCAGCUUGAGGACUGCUGGACAGAACCACGAGAAACUGGCUGCCGACGUCCUGGAGGGUCUGCAAGGUCCGUUGAGAGGGAGCACAGCAGAACUCGAUGAACUGCUGCUCAGUGUCUGCAAUCUGCGAAAGACUGUAAUGAGCAUGCUAGUGGGCUCGCCAAAGAGGUUGACGGACCACCGUGUGCAACAAGAAUUACAGAGGUUCAUCUUCUUCCUACCACGAUUCUGCUUGAGGUGGCUAGGCAAACCCCCAGCCACCCCAGGAUCAACAAAAGACCUCCUCCGUUUUGAACAGCGUCGACAGUUGCUAAAAAAGUAUGCUCAUCUGGUCAUCGAUUCUGCCCUUAUGCUUUUGAAAGUUGCUCUCGACAAGGCAGCAUUGGAGUGGGAGCAGUUGGACCCUGUGCUGCAGGAUGUCCUCGGCCUGUUGGAGCAUUUCGAAGACACCUUCCGAUCGAGCGUGCAAGAGAACCCCUCGAAUUCGUACCUGGUCAAGGUCUCCCACUUCUAUUACCAACAGCACCUCAUCCUUCGCAAAUCUGCGUCGGAAUCCACCGAAAAGGUAUCGCUAUGCGCGCUGCGGAGGUCAAUCGACUCUGUCAAGAAUGCAUCUCACCACGAGCGCGUGCGUGCGCAGUUGCUUGUCAAAUGGGAACGAUUCGCGGAGCUCUGCAGAGUGUCGGGCCGAAAAGACGAUGCGGCUGAUACGAUCAGAUCUAUCAGAGACCACCUGCUUAGAGAAGACAUCGCACAGGACAUUAUUACAACUUUGUCCACGAGGCCUGUUGUUGUAGCUUGGAGGAAGACCGCCGAGGCUGAGGCAUUAUCACGAGCAGUGUGCAACCUGGCGAAGCUUGAUAAGCAGCCUGUAGACUGGACUUGGCUUUUCUCUGGCUCGGACAAGUUCGUCGCUCUUGAGCAUGAUCUUUAUUUUGUGUACACCGACGACGCCAGGGUAUCACAAGACGAACAAGCCUUCACCUCCCUCGUCGAGUCCCUUUUGGCAUUGUAUGAAGCACAACAAUAUCCAGUCAGGAGGUUUCGAACGCUGUUGCGAGUCACUCUGAGAAGUCUCGGACGUGAAACGGACACCACUUGCUGGCAAGAAGAGCUCCAUGCGACCACAGCAACGAUCUCGGAAUCGCCGCUCGCAGAGGACGCCGGCUUGGAGGGAUAUAUUCCACAUCUGCUUAGCCUCGCGGCAUGCACGUUGGCACUCAUCCGAGACGAUCUAGAUGUCUCAUCGGUCAGGCAAGCACUGGGCCAAUGGACAAAGGCCCUAUCUGAAUGCGCCACAACUGAACACCUUCUCGAGCACAUAGACGAUCCCGAACAGCUUCUCACCAUGCUACAGUCCUUGUCCGAUCUUGCAAGGAUCAGAGGAUUGGCGCUCUUGGCUACGGAUGCACUGGAGCUCUCACGCAAGGUGGCUCAGCUUACAUCGGAUGGAAACCAGGACAGACAAUUCGUCCAUGCCUCCGCCCUGAUACUCCAACAGCUCCAGCUAGGACAGUCUGGCAGGGCCCAGAAAGUCAUGGCAGAAGGCGAACAUGACAUCGCUCAGCUGCAGAUCGCUUCGGAUGCAACGGCUGGCUUUCACUUGGCUGCGGCUGAGUACUAUCUGGCAGUUGCAGAGUACGAAAAAGCAGACGCGCACAUCCACGCCGCCCAACACGCUGCCUCGAGUACCAACAAACUGUCGGCGAAAAUGGUUAGCGGCAUCGAGAAGCGAUUGUUCGCUGCACGGGCGUCUUCUAUUGCAUCGCUGAUUGCACUCGAGCGUGGCGAGUUACAUCACGCACUCGACCUUGCAAAGAACGCCGUGCAAAGUGUCUUCCACGAUUGGGUACGCUUUGAGAACCAAGAGUCCUUGGACGAGACAACAGCCGACACAUCCCACCACGAAAGGACGGAAGAAGGCAAUGGUCUUGAAAAGUCUGUAGCCGAAAAAGUACACCCUGCUGUCGAUAUGGCGGGACCUCGCUUCUGGAAGAUCGCAUGCGCGUUAUUCGAGUUUACGUGCCGCCUGUCGUGGAUAUACGCACACUUUGGGCUAUAUCAAGAAACCCUGUACUACGCCGAGCAGGCUCAGAAGAUUGCGGCCAAGACUCGCUCCAAUGUCUACUCCUUGCAGGCGACAGCUUGGCUGGCUUUCAUUCACCGCAGUGCUGGGGAUACAGAAAAGGCCGCGCACCUAGCAGGCACGUUGCUGCCAACUAUGAAUGCAAUUGAGCCUACGUACGCCAAUGUUCGCGCUCUAUGUCGGCUGAGCAAGAUCUACCACGACACUGAUCCCGAAGCCGCUGCAGAGAUUGUCGCCAAGGCUGACUAUAUGAUCAAAGUGCUGGCAGAAAGUCAGGAGGCGACAGCAUAUCCACCAGAGAUCCAGCUCGAGGACGACAUGGCGAAGCUCAGCAUAACUCAGACCUCGACUACAAAAGCGCGAACCAGACAGAUCAAGGCACCAAGGGCGACCAAAUCUACGCGAGCUAACACAACAGCUUCUAAGGCGAUUGCUAAUCGAGCUAAAGUGACCAUCCAAACGGCAAAGCCGCCUGUUGUCCUCGAUGUUCUUCUCGGCCAACUGCGAGCUGCAGUGUAUCAACAGCAAUCUCUCAUGUCUAUACAAAACAAGGAUUGGCUUGCGGCCACGAAGCUGCUCGAGUCCACCACAGCUUUGUCAACCAUUCCUAUGGAUUUGCCCGAGGUCCGAUAUCUUCAGGCUGUCAGCCUGGUUGGUCAUAGUCUAGAACUCAUGGGCCAUGACUCCGUCUUUUCCGUCAUCCAAGAGUCAACCCUGUCGUUUCCUGCCAUUGCCGCCGGUGCCAAGGACAGAGCCAGCAUCGACCGAUUGUCUUUGACCAAGUCUCCAGGAUCCCGCGCGUCCGUGUUAGAAAGCCAGUCUUUCCAGGACGGCUUGCGCCGCGCCCAAGACUAUCUCUUUGAGGCUCGCUCUACUGCCACCCGCAAUGGCAACGCUUCACUUGUCCACCGCGUGGCUCAACUGCUGCAGAACGUGGCGGUACUUCUGUCCACCACCGUUUCAACAAAGAGCUACCGCUCUAGCCACUCUGCACAUGCGACUUGCUCAGUGGAAAUGGCGAGGAAUCUUAUCUGGGGCCGUGAGAGAAAGACUCUUGCACAAGACUCCAGGAAGCUCGCCAAGUCUGCGUGGCCGAUGCUCAUUGAAAGCUCGGACAGCAACCGACGAUCCAGUCUUGAGCCGGCGACCGAUAUGGCGAGAUUUCAGCGCGACUUUGUCGACAUCAUUCCUAGCGACUGGAAUGUCGUAUCUGUAUCGCUGGGGGCGGGCCAGCAUGACCUGUGCAUCACGAAACUGCAGGCUGGCCACAGUCCUUUCGCCAUCCGGCUGCCCCUCGAGCGGGCAAACUCCAGAGAUGCCGACAUUGAUGUGUUUGACUUCCACCAAGGCCGUUCAGAGCUGCUGGAGAUCAUCAGGAACAUUAAUCGCACGUGCCACGAUGCCCGUGACAUGAGUCAGAAAGGCGCCAAAGCCGAAUGGUGGGCGGAACGAGAAGCUCUGGACGAGCGGAUGAGGGACCUCUUGGACAACAUGGAGCAGACAUGGCUCGGUGGGUUCAAGGGAGUGUUCGCUCCGAGCCAAAGACAACCUGAGCUCCUCGCCAGAUUCCAGCGAUCGUUUCUGGACAUCCUCGACAAGCAUCUUCCUUCGAGGCGCCAAGUCCGAGGCAAGAAGCCGAAAUCAGCGCCAGGGCCCAAGAUCACGCUUGACCCGAGAAUUUACGAGUUGUUUGUCAGUCUUGGAGACGCGACUGCUCCAGAGGCAGACCUGGACGAGCCUCUGAAUGACCUACUCUACUUUGUGAUCGACAUCCUGCAGUUCAAUGGCGAACGCAACGCGUACGACGAGAUUGACUUUGACGCGAUGGUGGUUGAUACUUUCGACGCCAUCCACUCAUAUCAGGACGAGGUCAAAGCCGGGACACCCGACGAGCAUGUGCCGCACACCAUCUUGAUCGUUGACAAGGCCUUGCAUAUCUUCCCCUGGGAGUCUCUUCCUUGCAUGGAAGGCGCUCCUGUGUCGAGAGUGCCCUCGCUUGCAUAUCUUCGCAGGCUCAUACUCGAGCAGAAUAUACCUGGAGCAGGGCCGCGAGCGCGAGAGGAGACGCAAACGGCUCACACCGCCGAGCAAUCCGACAUGGAGGUCGACUCGGAGCCUUCACCUGGCAACCACGUCCACCCACGCCAGGGCCACCACAUCUCAAUCAAGUCGGGCUCUUACAUCCUCAACCCGGGCGCGGACCUCAGCAACACGCAGUCGACCUUUGGCCGGCCCCUGGCCAGCAUGCCGCCGACCUGGUCGUCCGUCGAGGGCCGCGCCCCGACCGAGGCCGAGUUCGAGGCCAGCCUGCUGUCCAAGGACCUACUCCUGUACUUUGGCCACGGCAGCGGCGCGCAGUACAUCCGCGGCCGCACGGUGCGCAGGAUGCCCAAGUGCCGCGCCGUCGCGCUGCUCCUGGGCUGCAGCUCCGCCAGCCUCGCCGACGUCGGCGAGUUUGAGUGCCACGGCCCCGUGUGGAACUACAUGCUCGCCGGCAGCCCCGCGGUGGCCGGCACGCUGUGGGACGUGACGGACCGGGACAUUGAUCGGUUCGCGGGGAGCAUGUUUGAGAACUGGGGCCUGUUGCCGCAAGGCACAUUCUCCUCCUCCUCCUCUUCUCAUGGAAGUGGCGGCAGCGGUGCGCAGGAUGGCGGCAAGUCUCGAUCUGGAGGGCGCAGUCGGAAGCGCGGAGACGCUGGUGGCGAUAGUAGCGGCGGUAGCGGCAGUGGCAGCAGCAGUAAGAAAGGCAAGGCCAGCGCGGCGAGCCGUUCGCGCAGCACGGCCAGCAGCGCAAGCGGUACGGCGGAGGAAACUGACAAGGCGAGCUUGGUCGAGGCGAUUGUGCGGGCCAGGGGCGCGUGCCGGUUCAGAUAUCUGACUGCCGCGGCAGUCGUGGUCUAUGGCAUACCCGUUUACAUCGGGGUUUGAGAGUGCACGACAGUGCUCGCUCUCUCUCUCUCGCGCGGAAGAGAAGACAAGGUUACGGGAUUGGCGAUUUUGUGCCUGUAGAACAUAUUGGAUAGAUUACGUCGCAGUUGAAGUUGAGGGACAUGGAAAUGAGACAUCCUUCUUCAUCUCAGA